AUGCAAUCAUCAUCCAUGCCGUCCACUGAUCCAACUCGAGUCAUACACUCGAGUAAGAGUAACCUUGAAUUGAUUCAUUCUGCCAAUACAGUGAACUAUCAAUCCGAGCCAAUAAUUAAAUUGUCACGUAUCUCAUCAGCGCGUUAUCAACCGCGUGUCACGCGAAUUCGCCGAACGAGACGCCAACCUAUUUAUUAUGAAAAUAGUUGGAAACAAGGAACUUCACAAUUUAAAAAAAUUUCGCGUACGCUUUCAAGUCGCUACCAUCGUCGCAUUACGCCCAUCAGUCAACGAAAGUUCGUACCCGUCGAUACUUUUAUGCAUUUUGAUACUGAAACCACCAAAGCACAACAUCGACGACAAGUACGAGCACUACUACAACGACGAGUACGAGUACUACAUCCUCGACAAGUACAAGCUCGACUAGUACCACUUCGAGUACAUCAAGUACAACUUCAACCACGACCUCAACGUCUGCAACGACUUCGACGGCAUCAACAACUACUACAACAACUGUGUUGA